GUUUUAUUUUGAAAAUCCCUCGUAAAAUGGCUGUUUUAUUUUGAAAAAAAACCCGUAAAAUAUUCGUUUUAUUUUGAAAAUCAAAACCGGAAGUUGUUGAUGUCCUGUGUGUAACUUGACGGUGUGUGUCUCUCAGCCGGUGCUGCAUGAGCUCACAGAGCCGCUCAGCUCAGCGGGGCUCCGCCACACAGCAGCAGAUGCGGAGCCGGUUGGUGGAGCUACGAGCCUUUUGUGUUGCUUUUCGGGUUUAAGAUGCGAUUUAACAACCGAAAAACCAAACAAAACAAAGUGCUUUCACUAAAAAAAAGAAGCUUAGUUACACUCCCGGUGAUGAAUACUCGUGGAAACAGAUGAGAGUCUGGAGAAAGUGAAUUUUGGAGGCACUUUUUUGUUGCUCUGCUGCUCUGCUGCUCGGCUCUUUGUGCUGCAGCUUUCACCCUUUUUGGGAUAGAAAGGCCUCCAAGAUAGAUUCCCUCAGGAGUAAAGUGGACUUGCUGCGCCUCCCUCUGGCUCUCUCCACCAAGUCCAUCAGCAGCCGGAAGAGCCAGCUGGGCGUGGUCUGGGAGAAAGGCAGCGGCGGCGGCGGCGGCGGCUCGGGGAGAGGAGGUGCCUGGAAACCCCGCCCACCGCCGGCCUCCGACAUGGACAACGAGUCGACGUACUCGGGCUACUCCUACAAGUCGUCCCACUCGCGAAGCUCCCGCAAACACAGGGAUAGACGGGAGCGGCAUCGCUCGAAGAGUCGCGACAACAGCAUCCGUGCAGACAAAUCGGUGACCAUCCAGGCUCCCGGAGAGCCGCUGCUGGACGCCGAGUCCACGAGAGGAGACGACAGGGAUGACAACUGGGGCGAGACGACCACGGUGGUCACCGGCACCUCCGUGGACAGCAUUUCCAACGAGGACCUGACGCGGAUGACUAAGGAAAUAGAGGAUUCUUCGCCGUUGGAGUGCCGCCGGUACCUCAGCCCGGCGUUGGGCGCCGUCCUGGGACUCUUCGCCCUGGUCACUCCUCUGGCCUUCUUGGCCCUCCCACAGCUCCUUUGGCGGGAUUCGCUGGAGCCUUGCGGCACGCCAUGCGAGGGCCUUUACAUUUCUCUGGCCUUCAAGCUCCUGAUCCUCCUCAUCUCCACGUGGGCGCUGUUUCUCCGCCCGCCCCGAGCCACUCUGCCGCGCUUCUUCAUCUUCCGCUGUCUGCUGCUGGCGUUGGUCUUCCUCUUCGUGGCGUCCUAUUGGCUCUUCUACGGGGUGCGGGUGCUGGAGCCCAGAGAGACGGACUACAGGGGGAUUGUGGGAUACGCGGCGUCUCUGGUGGACGCGCUGCUGUUCAUUCAGUACCUGGCGCUGGUGCUGCUGGAGGUCCGACACCUGCAGCCGGCUUUCUGUCUGAAGGUCGUGAGGACCACAGAUGGAGCUAGUCGCUUCUACAACGUGGGACACCUCAGUAUUCAGCGGGCGGCGGUGUGGGUUCUGGACCAAUACUACAGUGACUUCCCGGUCUACAACCCGGCUCUGCUCAACCUGCCCAAGUCCAUCCUCUCCAAGAAGAUGUCUGCCUUCAAGGUCUACAACCUGGGGGAAGAGAACAGCACCAGUAACUCUACGGGUCAGUCCAGAACCAUGGUCGCAGCCGCUGCUCGGAGAAGAGACAACUCCCACAACGAGUACUACUACGAGGAGGCGGAGGUGGAGCGGAGGGUCCGCAAACGUAAAGCCAGACUGGUGGUGGCAGUAGAAGAAGCCUUCACCCACAUCAAGCGUCACCAGGCCGACGAGACAACCGCGUCCUCCCCCAAACACCCGCGGGAGGUGAUGGACCCCAGGGAGGCGGCCCAGGCCAUCUUUGCCCCCAUGGCGAGGGCCAUGCAGAAGUACCUCCGCGCCACCAGGCAGCAGGCCUACCACAGCAUGGAGAGCAUCAUCAACCACCUGCAGUUCUGCGUCACACACAACAUGACCCCCAGGGCUUUCCUUGAGCGUUACCUCAGCCCCGGUCCCACCCUCCAGUACCUGGACACCAGCAGGGGGCGCCACUGGACACUAGUGAGCGAGGAGCCGGUGACUACAGCCCUGCGUCAAGGACAAGUCUUCUCCCUGAGACGCCUCGACUUCUCCCUGGUCGUCACGGUGACGCCCCUCCCCUUCCUGCGCCUGGGUGAGGAGUUCAUCGACCCCAAAAAGCACAAGUUUGUCAUGAAGCUCCAGUCAGAGACGUCUGUGUAGGAGGGUGAUUAGUGCUACCUUUUAGUUAUUUUUCACGAUUACAUUUGUUGACAAGGGUGACACCCAAAUGACGUGGCUUAAACAUAAUGAAGUUAGAGUGAAGAAAAGGCGACAAAUCAUCUCUAACCUUUUUCUGUUCCUCAAACAAACAUAAAAAUAGACACUUAAGUGCUGACUGUACACUUCUGAUACGUCAGACUGCUUCCAGUUUCCAUGAAGUAGUAGUGCAGCUCAAUCUUUUUCACAGCUAUUCUCACUCGUCUGUUCCCCUUUUACUUGAACUUCUUGUUUGCUUGUCGAAUUUGGCCUUUAGCGACUACAAACAGGCUGAAUCAGGCUUUUACUUAAAAGGUCCCCUGGUCUUUUCUCACCUUUUGGACAUACUCUCGAUUCUCUGACUGAAUCAAAGGGAGUCGAAACUGCUUUUUGAGCUGCUUCGUCUAUUUUGGAUUCCACUGGAUUCCAGUUGACGAGUAAGAAAGGUGGACACGCAUACUGAAAAUAUGAAGUAAGAAACACUGGAUGGACUUGAUGCACUGAGCGUUUUUUUCAUGAGUGCAUUGUUUUGUAUUAUUUCCUGCUCAGGUUUUGUGGGAUCACUUCUCAUUUCUGGAGAAUUUACAGAAAUGCACUACUGCACUGAGAAGAAAUAACUUUCUAAGCACAAUGUAGGUACAAUACAGGACCAGUUUAUGUUCAGUAACACACUGAUAGCGGAUGUUUUCAACUCUACAUGUGAGAGGUUUGAAUUGGACUUGAUGAGCGCCCGCAUGUUGGCAACGGAAGUGUUGUUUUGUCAUCCAGACAAGUUCGCUAGCUUUAAACAUUGAAUUAAAAACAAUUACCGUCAUCAAAAUGUCUGGUUGUUGCGUGUUCGGUUGUAAGAAUCGAUAUUGCAACAGCGGACUCAAGUUGUACAAAUUUCUGACAGGAUUACGACCGUUUCAGAGCAACGGGUGUUUUGGUUUAACGAGUGACCGUGUUAACUGGUGACUCUCCGCCAAAUACGUCUGUGGUUGCUCGUAGUAACUUGCGCAAAUGUCAAUUAAGGCUGCACGAUUAUGGCCAAAAUGCCAAUCACGAUUAUUUUGAUGAAUGUAGAGAUCACGAUUGUUUAAAAAUUUAAAUUUUUUUAUUGCAAUGUCACAUUUAAACAAACAGCGUGCUUUCACUUCCAUGUUGUGCUAAAUUGUAACUGUCAAAAACUCCAAAUGUUAUCCUUUUACUUUGUUAUCAUUUAUACUGUAGUUGCUAUUUGCAUAAAAACACAAUUCAAAUGAUUAGGAAAUAAAUGACUAUUUUUAUUUAAAUAUU